AUGGCCCAACUGGGCAGGUUGAUCGUGGCCCAGGCCCAGAUGAUAUAUCUAACGGCUACGUUACCCCCGGCAGCCGAGGACCAGCUAUUCCGGCGUUUACGGACUACCCGCGAGAAGGCCCAUAUGUUUCGAGCGCGGACCCAUCGGACUAAUGUUGCGUACCGGCUCUGGCAACCCAACGUGCCGAGUCGGUACCGAAAUGGCUACGAUUGGAUCGAGCGUCCCGAGAUCGUGAGAUUCAUUCAGGACCGUGUUCGGCGUGCCCGCUGCGUGGCUGGCCGAGUGGUCAUUUAUGGGCCCACUACUAAGAUCGUCGAGCACAUUGCCCAGAUCGUAGGCAGUGAAGCAUACCAUAGCCGAGUACUCGAUCGUCCGGGCGUGCUAGCCCGAUUUCAGGCUGAUCCCACCGGCGUGGUGGCCGCAACUAGUGCGCUAGGUAUGGGGGUUGAUAUCCCCAACAUCCGGUGUAUCAUUCACAUCGGGGUGCCGCGCAGUCUGCUAGACUACGCGCAAGAGAGUGGGCGAGCGGGCCGGGAUGGGGACCGCAGUGAGGCCAUUAUCGUUCAGCCCGAGGGGUUCCAGCGGCCAAUAUGGGACCAAAUCCAUGAGGACCCCAUCAAGGCUCAGGCGGAGCAGAGCCGGCUAGAUCGUUAUAUAUAUAACGGAGGGUGUCGACGGGUUAUUCUCGAUGAGUAUCUCGAUGGGCAUGAAAGGCAGUAUUGCGGGGAUUCUGAAGCUAUGGAACAACGUUGUGAUGGCUGUGAUCCGGAGUGGCUAGCUAACGAAGAAAAGCUUGAGAGUGAGGUGGCGAGUGAGCUGGCCGUUGAGAGGGGGCAGUGGUGGGGGCAGUGA